GCUGUCAAAUUAAAUUGACGCGCGAAAUAAGCAAAACAAAACAGAAAUGUCACAGUCGGGGUGUCCUCUUGGUGACAGAAUCAUAGUAGGUUACAUUUUACCCGAAAAGAAGGUUAAAAACUCCGAAAAUGACGACUCUGAUUGGGAAGAUGAUGAUGAGGAGGAGGAAGAAGAAGCACAGCCGGAGUUUCUGGAUAUGAAAGAGAUGGACAGCGUUAGUUCAGGAGGACACGUGUUUAAUUCCUCCGUACCGGGCCGAAACGAAGUUGAUUUCCUGGACAGCGUGUCUGGUAAGAGAUGCAGAGUACUGGGCCGGUUCAGUCUGAAGGACCCGUGGUGGGAGGCUACCUGCACAGCCCGCGCAGCCAGGGGCAAGCUGGUGCUACGGGGCUACCCUGCCUACCGCCUUCGCUCAGACCUCCAGGGAGACCCGGACCACUCUGUCCUGUCUCUGUUCCUCACCGCCUGCGGCGUGGACGCACAGUUUGUCGUCCCCUUCUUUGCUUGGCUGCCGAUGGGAAGGAAGGUGGACUUUGCUAACUUGCAGGAAGUUCUGGCUGAGUUUGAGGAAGGAGAGCAGCACAGAGCUUUGGCACAGCAGAUUAAAGCCUUGGUCUCUGUUUCAGGUUAUGUACAAGGAGUUGAAGGUGGUCCAUUGCGAGGCUCAGCUGAGAUCCUUCCAUGAGUGUAAACUCUUCCAAGAGAUCCCUCUGAAGCAACGUAACGCCCUGCGAGUCUACGACUCUCUGAAGAACCACUGCCACAGGACGGGCAGUACCUACACGGAGCUCCCCACCCUGUGUGACGAGGUCAGGAGAGGGUGUAGCUCCGUGGUGGAGGUGGAGGUGUGGGACGCAGUCCACUUCCUCAAAGAGCUGGGCGUAGUGGUACGGGAUCGCCAGAAGGUGGCGCUGCAGAACCUGCAUUCUUAUGAGACUGGGAUAGCUGAGUGCCUACGCUGUCUGGUGCAGGAAGAGCCCUGGGUUUUACCUCUGGAUGUCAUAGAGGUGCUGACUGCUUCAGCUCUGCAGAGGCUGAGGAAGAAGGGAGGGGAUGGAGGGAGUAGGGAGGAUCAAGGUGAAGUGGACUCUGACGCAGAGCGGAAGGCUAAUGAGCUGAAUGAAAGGUGUGAUAUGGAUGGCAGCGCUGCAGAGACAGACCGUACUAGUACUGCUGUUAGAACAGCCAGCGGAUACUCUGUCCCAGACCACAUCAAACCUGAACCAGCCCCUACAGACCAGGGCCCUCCAGUAGAUUUAGACCCAGACCAGGGCCCUCCUCCAGUAGAUUUAGACCCAGACCAGGGCCCUCCUCCAGUAGAUUUAGACCCAGACCAGGGCCUUCCUCCAGUAGAUUUAGGCCCAGACCAGGGCCCUCCUCCAGUAGAUUUAGACCCAGACCAGGUAAGUGCAGCAGAGAUGAUCUGCUUCAAUCCGGUGACUGUGAUCAGUGGUAAGGGGGGCUGUGGUAAGACCACGGUGGUGAGUCUGGUGUUCAAGGCCGCCUUGCAGCAGAGCCCAGAGAAGGAGGUCACGAAGGCAUGCUGGGACUUUGAAAAUGACUCCUUGGGGUCUGAGGCGUGGGAGGAAGCCGAGGCGUGGGAGGAAGAAGCCCGGUCGAAGAGUCUGCUCCCUCAGUUAAAUGGGGAGGUAAAGGACGAAACGAAGUCGUCGUCGUCGUGGGUUUUACAGGGAGAGGACGAGGUGUUACUAACAGCACCCACAGGGAGAGCUGCGUCUCUGCUCACCAAGAGGACCUGCUUCAAGGCCUACACCCUGCACCAGGUAGUGUGGAGUUUCAUGCAUGCCAAGAAAGACCCCAACGGGGCUCCUGAGGAGUGGAAGUUUGCGCGUGUGCGCGUGUUGGUGGUGGACGAGGGCAGUCUGGUGUGUGUUCAGCUCCUCCACUCCGUCCUCACCAUGCUCACCAAACACGCACAGCUCAGGAAGUUCGUCAUCUUGGGUGAUGUGCGUCAGCUGCCCAGUAUCCAGCCAGGAAACAUCUUGUAUGACCUGUUCCACAGUCUGGGCCGAGCCCAUUGGGCCAUCGAGAUGAGGACCAAUCACAGAGCUGAGUCUCAACUCAUCGUCAACAACGCCGGACAAAUCGCAGAGAUGGGGAUGAAUCGUAGUUUCAGACCGCUCCACUACGACGCCAUCUUGGAUCUGAAUGGAAGCUACACCAUGCCCUCUGAAGACAAGAGGUUCAUCCUCAUCCUGCUGCCCAACACCACCGAGGACUCUGACUAUGACCUUCAGGUGGCUGUCGAACUCUUAUUGGAAGCUGCUCCAGGACUGAAGAAUGACGCCACGUCACAGUUCAUCGCCUUCAGAAGGAAGGAGUGUGCCUUGAUCAAUGAGCUUUGCUGCAAACAUUACUGCGACCACCGCACCAAAAACAACAAGAACCGACUAGAUUUCCAGCCGAGAGAUAAAGUCUGCUGUACAAAGAACGGCUACGUCACAGACAGGAACAAGGAAGUGUCUCCUGAAGCAGAGGACUUGGAGAACAGCUACGUAUCUGACAGGGACAGGACCAAGCAGAGACUUCCUGUUCUGGACGGAGGGGAGAGACUGAGAGGGAACGGGGCCACACAGAGAGACGGAAGUGGUGACAAAAUGAAGAAUAAAGAGCGUCUGUGUAACGGAGAGAUAUUCUUUAUUAAACAUGACGUGACCGAGGAGGAGGCGGGCUCACAGCGGAGCAGGAAGCAGAGGUACUUGACUCUGGAUGAUGGUGACGGACGGAUGCUGUGUGUUUCCUUCAGGGAGCUGCAGAGAGAAUGUAAACUGCAACACGCCUGGGCUAGGACCAUACACACCUUCCAGGGGUCGGAGACCGAGACGAUUGUGUACGUGCUGGGUAACGGUAGCGUCCAGACGUGGAAACACGUGUACACGGCUGUGACACGGGGACAGAAACGUGUAUAUGUCAUAGCCAAGCAGGAGGGCAUGGCCUCGGCCAUCAAGAGACGCACCAUCCCACGUAACACCCGGCUGGGAACCCUGGUCAAAGAGCUGCUGGUCCAGCCUGGGGCUGAGGGGCAGGACCAACCAGACCAGAACCAAGCCCAGCCGGGCACACCUCGCAGGGCAGCCCCAGGCUUCGGGCCUACACAGACCACUCCUCUGGCCUCACAGACACCUAGCUGGUCUCUAAGGACCCCCUACAAAACCCCUAUAGCAGCACCCAGACUCCUCUCUACGCCCAGCCUAGCAGUCCUACUUCAGGCCAAUCGUGUCCACUCUCCGUCGGUCCUACCCAGGAAGCUGUGGAGAAAUGAGCCUCCAACAGCUUCUCAGGCAGAUGCCUCAGACACCUCUCUGAUGGACGACAUCACUUUCAGUCAGGCAUAUACCUGGUCGCCUAUGAACAGCAGCUCUGAGGACCCCUCUCAGGAGCAGCCUGAGUCGUGUGAGGAGGAGGAAGGGAUCGAGAUGGAGGCUAGCAGCAGCGCUGUAGAGGAUGGACACAUGGGGAAGGGUUCACAUUUAGCUGCUCGGUCUGGGGUUGAGAGCACCCCUUCCAAGAGGACGCUCAGUCCUGACAGUGAGAAACACAAUGUGACUCCUCAUAAACAGAUCAAGGUAAGAGGAGGAGGUCCUGACAGUGAGAAACACAAUGUGACUCCUCAUAAACAGAUCAAGGUAAGAGGAGGUCCUGACAGUGAGAAACACAAUGUGACUCCUCAUAAACAGAUCAAGGUGGAGCCAUUCGAAUCACCGCUGGGCUGUUCCAGACUGCAGCAGCUCGCCCUCUGCACGCCCACCUCCCACGGCAAACGGCUUUUCCAAGGUCCACCCUCCGAUCAGGACUGAACGUCUUCUCUCCCUGACCCAUUGAUACCAGGAUAUCUUAUGAUUGAUGGCCACUACUGCAUUGAUACCAGGAUAUCUUAUGAUUGAUGGCCACUACUGCAUUGAUUUUUUAAAACGGUAUUUUGUAUUUUUUUAACCUUUUUAAGUCAGGCAAGUCAGUUAAGAACACAUUCUUAUUUUCAAUGACGGCCUGGGAACAGUGGCCACUACUACAUUGAUACCAGGAUAUCUUAUGAUUGAUGGCCACUACUGCAUUGAUACCAGGAUAUCUUAUGAUUGAUGGCCACUACUGCAUUGAUACCAGGAUAUCUUAUGAUUGAUGGCCACUACUGCAUUGAUAGCAGGAUAUCUUAUGAUUGAUGGCCACUACUGCAUUGAUACCAGGAUAUCUUAUGAUUGAUGGCCACUACUACAUUGAUAGCAGGAUAUCUGAAUCAAAUCAUAUUUUAUACGUCAUAUGCACGGAAUACAAUUGUAGACCUUUACCAUGAAAUGCUUACUUACAAGCCCUUAACCAAUAAUGCAAUUUUAAUUAAAAAUAAGAGUUAAGAAUGAUAUUUACUAAAUAAACGAAAGUUUUAUUUUUUAAAGUAACGCAAUAAAAUAACAAUAAUGAGGUUAUAUACAGGGGGUACCGGUACCGAGACAAUGUGUGGGGGGUAGAGGUUAGUCGAGGUGAUUGAGGUAGGUAGGGGUAAAGUGACUAUGCAUAGAUAGUAAUGAGUAGCAGUAGUCGAGGUAAUGGAGGUGGUGCUCCGGUACUGCUUGCCGUGCGGUAGAGAGAACAGUCUAUGACUUGGGUGGCUGGAGUCUAUUUUUAGGCCCUUCCUCUGACACCGCCUGGUAUAGAGGUCCUGGAUGGCAGGAAGCUCGGCCCCAGUGAUGUACUGGCCCUUCCUCUGACACCGCCUGGUAUAGAGGUCCUGGAUGGCAGGAAGCUCGGCCCCAGUGAUGUACUGGCCCUUCCUCUGACACCGCCUGGUAUAGAGGUCCUGGAUGGCAGGAAGCUCGGCCCCAGUGAUGUACUGGCCCUUCCUCUGACACCGCCUGGUAUAGAGGUCCUGGAUGGCAGGAAGCUCGGCCCCAGUGAUGUACUGGGCUGUACGCGCUUCUCUCUGUGGCGCCUUGCGGUCGGAAUCCCCUCCGGCGCCAUCAUUAGACAGGAAACUGCAUUACUAUCUGUUUAUUUUAGAUGUUUUAAUUGCUAUACAUCUGGGCUUGUAUCAUUUUAUUGAUCAAGUGCCUCAGAUGAGAUUGUGAUCCUUUCAUCAGUAUGUUGCAAUCACCUCAGCCAUGUUGUUUAUUUUUCCACUCUGUAAAUCACCUCAGCCAUGUUGUUUAUUCACUCUGUAAAUCACCUCAGCCAUGUUGUUUAUUUUUCCACUCUGUAAAUCACCUCAGCCAUGGUGUUGUUUAUUCACUCUGUAAAUCACCUCAGCCAUGUUGUUUAUUCACUCUGUAAAUCACCUCAGCCAUGUUGUUUAUUCACUCUGUAAAUCACCUCAGCCAUGUUGUUUAUUCACUCUGUAAAUCACCUCAGCCAUGUUGUUUAUUCACUCUGUAAAUCACCUCAGCCAUGUUGUUUAUUCACUCUGUAAAUCACCUCAGCCAUGGUGUUGUUUAUUCACUCUGUAAAUCACCUCAGCCAUGGUGUUGUUUAUUCACUCUGUAAAUCACCUCAGCCAUGGUGUUGUUUAUUCACUCUGUAAAUCACCUCAGCCAUGGUGUUGUUUAUUCACUCUGUAAAUCACCUCAGCCAUGUUGUUUAUUCACUCUGUAAAUCACCUCAGCCAUGUUGUUUAUUCACUCUGUAAAUCACCUCAGCCAUGUUGUUUAUUUUUCCACUCUGUAAAUCACCUCAGCCAUGUUGUUUAUUCACUCUGUAAAUCACCUCAGCCAUGUUGUUUAUUCACUCUGUAAAUCACCUCAGCCAUGUUGUUUAUUCACUCUGUAAAUCACCUCAGCCAUGGUGUUGUUUAUUCACUCUGUAAAUCACCUCAGCCAUGUUGUUUAUUUUCCACUCUGUAAAUCACCUCAGCCAUGUUGUUUAUUUUUCCACUCUGUAAAUCACCUCAGCCAUGUUGUUUAUUUUUCCACUCUGUAAAUCACCUCAGCCAUGUUGUUGUUUAUUCACUCUGUAAAUCACCUCAGCCAUGUUGUUGUUUAUUCACUCUGUAAAUCACCUCAGCCAUGGUGUUGUUUAUUCACUCUGUAAAUUACCUCAGCCAUGGUGUUGUUUAUUCACUCUGUAAAUCACCUCAGCCAUGUUGUUGUUUAUUCACUCUGUAAAUCACCUCAGCCAUGUUGUUUUUCCACUCUGUAAAUCUUUUUUUAUUGUUUCUCUUUUCUCGGCCAUACAAAGGUUUACAGCUGGAGGAAUUCCCAAAGUUAUACAUAGACGAUAAAUAUCAUGCUACCAAAGUAUUAAAUUUGUACAAAAAUACUUUUACAGGUCAUAAUACCGGUCCAUUAGAAAUAAAAAUACAAUUUUUCAGGGACUUAAACAGUGA